AACACGUCGAACUAGACAUUUCACAGCGCGCACCUGCGACUGAUAUUGGAGAUUCCCAGUCCUUUACGGCCGAGUGGGCUUUCAGCUGCGAGCUCACAUCCAUCAUGGCCACUCCUGUAUAUCUGCUACCAGGGGAUGAAGUCCCAUCAGACCGUCUACCACCGACCUCCAACGCUCCUCUCAGACUGGGCCCAGGCCUGCGCUUGUUGUCGAAAUCACACUCCAGGUCCACCAAAGCAGCACCUUCAGACCAUGUCAUUGUUGCGACAGAAGCCGGGUUACUGAAGACAGAUCUCAAACGGAACGCCGCGUCGGUCCUUACGUUCCCAAACCGCCGGUACAUUGCAACACCGAACGAUCUUGUGAUUGCCCAGAUCCAUCAUUCGAGCCAAGAUUACUUCCACUGCAUGGUGACGCCGCACGCGCCGCAUGCGCUGCUAGGCCAGCUAGCUUUCGAGGGCGCAACGAAGAAGACAAGGCCGAUGCUCAAGCAGGGGGAUUUGGUUUACGCGCGGGUCCUGUCCGUUGGAGUCGGUGCGGGAGCUGAAGUCGAACUGGCAUGUGUAAAUCCCGCCACGGGGAAAGCCGAGCCUGGAGGACUGGGUCCGUUGACUGGCGGAAUGGUGUUCGAUGUCUCCGUGGGGACUGCAGCGCGGCUGAUGAAGGGCAGUUCCGCCUCAGCCGCUAACCAACAAGACCCAGUGGAUGGUUUAGUGGUCCUGGAAGAGCUGGGAAAGAAACUGGAAAGCAUCGGCGGGUUUGAGAUCGCAGUGGGAAGAAACGGGAAGGUCUGGGUGGAUUGCUCAAACGGCGGAGACAGUGCGAUCCGGGCAACAGUGGCGAUCGGACGAUGCCUUACAAUGAUUGAUGACCAUGACUUGAGCCCGAUAGACCAGAAAAAGGCCAUUGCUAGGAUUCUAAAAGAAAUGAAACUGGAUCUAUGAUCAAACCGGAUGUUGAGGAUCUUCAUCCAGUAGUCUACUACAGGAUUACUUUUCUUUAGCAUUCAUAGACCAUUGUAUCAUUUGAUAACGACUAGAUAUAUGCAUAUUGCGUGCCCA